AUGGCGGCGGCGGACGCGGAGUCGCCGCCGGACGCGCCAGUGGUCGAGUGCUGGGCAUGCAGCGUGCUGGUUGCGGUGCCAGAAGUGGGCGGCGCCCCAGCACCCAUGUUCCGGUGCGGAUGGUGCGGGGCCAUUAACGACCACACGCCGCGCCCCGCCAGCGGGGGCGGCGCCGCCGCCGCGCGGCGCACCCCUGAGCGCGGCGCCCGCGGCCGCGCACGGCGGCUGCUGCGGCUGCUGGGCCCGCCGCUGCGGUGGCUGGUGGUGGCCUUUGUGGUGGUGCUCAUCGCGGCGGUCUCGGCCGUUGGCCUGUGCGUCGUGCUGCCGCGCGCCUUUCCCAAUCCGGUGGUCUACCUGCUGCACGCAGCCUUCGCGACGCUCCUGCUGAUGGCCACGUCUCUGCACUUCAUCACGGCCUGCUGCCACUCCCCCGGCCGCGUCCACGAGUGCGUGGCGCUGCCCGCGCGCGCGGCGGCGGGCCACUACCCGGAGGGCGCCUUCGAGGGGUGGGCCUUCUGCGCGCACCCCAGCUGCAACGCGCCCAAGCCGCCGGGGACGCACCACUGCAGCACGUGCGGCUUCUGUGUCGUGGAGCUGGAUCAUCACUGCGUCGGCCGCGCCAACAUGCGCGCCUUCCUGCUGUUCCUCGCCUGCAUCUGCCUGGCCUGCGCCUACGCCCUGGUGAUCUGCUCAUACCUGAUCUGGUCAAACUGGGCGCUCGUCACUGCUGGCCUCCGCGCCGCGACCUGGGGCUCUUCGGACGCCGGCCGGGCAGGGGCCGCGGGCGAGGUGGGCGGGGGCUGGACGGCCUGGGUGAUGAGGAUGAGCGUCACUUCGACGAUGGUGGUGGCUGUGUCACCCUGGUGGCUGCUGGCCACCUAUUACUUGCUAGCCGUCUGCGGGGCCGCGCUGAUGUGCGUGGGCGUGCUGCUGGUGACUCAGCUACGGUACAUGGCGACGGGGAUGACUUACAUCGACUACUUAAAAGCGCAGCAGCAGCUGCAGGGGACGUCAUCAGUCAGUGGUGACCACCAAAACGGCGGCGGCGACGGUUACGGCGGCGGCGGCACGGCCGGCGGGGCCGAUGGCGGCAGCAUGCAGCAGCAGCCGGUGCUGCUGCGUGGCCCGGGGCUCUGGGUGCGCCUUCGGGAGGUCCUGGGCGGCGGCAGCAGCAGCGGCGGCGGCGCGCUUUCAUGGCUCGUGCCGCGGUGGGACCCGCCGGAGGGCGUGCUGCUGGGGGCGCCGGCAGAUGAGAAGAAGGCCAGCUGA